AUGUAUAUUAGUGAGUCAUUCGCUUUUCGGGGCCUUGAACAAUUUGAUUUGUCGAGAAUUGUUGAUAUCGACGAGCUACUUGAUAUGAUCGAAAGUUAUUGUCAACUACGGAACUUACAAUUGGACAUUGAGAAGAACAAAGAUAAUUUUAAAACGUCCAUUCUCAAUACACGAGUUGAAAUGAAUCAAUCAAAAUUUUUCCCUUGUACGUGUACUAUAGAUCUAGUUGACCAAUAUUUAUGUCCUCAAACCGAUGUUGUUUUUGAUUUAGAUACUCUAUUAGGACCUGUUUACGCUACCAGAGGCAUAAAACGAAAACAUCAAGAAGUACCAUCGGAUACUGAGAGUAAUGUUUUAGAUGUAUAUGAUGAUGAGCAAGACGAAUUGUGGGAGUCAACUUCGGGAUCUUCUGCUAAAAGGGAUAGAAAUAAAACAAAGAAUGGUAUUGUUUCUCCAAGAGAAGAAUUACUACGCAAGUUUCUGCACAUCAAGGAUGAAUACCAUAUUACAGAUUCAGCCAUCAGAGCUAUGCAUGCGUUUUUUAAAGAGACAAAAGAAUCUUUCUAUUCGAUAUCAGAAAUUGAACGAGUACAAAAGAAGGCUAAUAAAAAUAUUCCUUUAGAAUAUACAAAAGAUUCAGCGUAUGUUCCGUUCGAAUUUGCUCUACGAGCUGCUGUGUUCGUUGCCAUUAAAUUUCGACCUGAUCUGUUGAAAUUGAACCAUCUUUCAUUUCGUUUAAAUAUGGACGGUACUCUUAUGGGUAACAAACAUGUUGUAGCUAUAUCUGUUAACUGUGUUGACGGAGGACUCUGCUGUCAGACAGCUAAAAAGCUAGUACCUGUUGGUAUUUUUUAG